GCGAUGGAUGGGGGUUAUGCCGCUGAGGGGUCUCCCCCGAUCGAGCUGACGCCGCUCAUCCGGAAACUUCGUCAUGAGCUGUCUGAAAUUAGAGAAAGAGCACUUAAGAAUAUUUUAUGUAAAUUAAAUCAUAAUUUGAUUACGUAUGAUGAUCUGGUUCAAGAAAAGCUACUAUUUCUCAGUCUUUUGGAAUGGUUCAACUUUCCUGUAGUACCAAUGAAGGAAGAAGUUUUGAACUUAGUGACCAACUUGUUAAAGCAUCCUUUUGUUGUGGAACAAUUGGUUGGGAUUGGGGCAGUGGAGUUCUUCUCUCAGCUUCGUCCCAACGUGGACUCCAAUCUACAAGCUGUGAUUGAUGGGAUUCUUGAUGGGCUGUUUGUGCUACCUUCAGACAUUACCUUGGAUUAUCAGGCAAAGCAUUGUCAAGAUCAACCAGAAGCUAAUCCGGUAAUUCGCAAAGAACCUCAUGCUGGAUAUUUUCAUCAAAGGAAGAAACAUUCAUCAGAGUCAGAAACACCGCCUAAACAGCCAGCUGUGAAACAUGUAGUGAAAUGUCUGAAGUUUUCUACAUUUCCUUGGCUAUCCCUGACAACAACAGAUAGACAUGUUCUUUCAUCAAAUGAAAGCUCACUGAGAAGCAAAAAUUCCAAGUUAAUUUGGAAUACUUGUGAGCUUCUGCGAGAUGUUAUCAUGCAAGACUUUCCUGCUGAGAUCUUUUUACAGAGACCAAAGAUUGUUCAGAGCCUUCUGUGUCUAACAGCACUAGCUCUUGCAAAAGAUGGACAACACCAUUUGGCAUUGCAGGCAAUCUUAUGUCUACAGCAACUUUGUGUUUUCUUAAGGAACAGACUGAACUUCCAUAGAGAUCCAGGUUUUGUCUCAAGUGAAACAGGUACCAUUUCCCAGAAUUCUUCAGUGUCAUACUACCAAGAGGCCCGAAGACUUGCUCAUUCUCAGAAUCCAUCUCCUGGAAGUAGCAGCCCUCGACCUUCUGUGAUAGGACGUAUAGGCCAACGUCCGAGAGGUGAUGGUCAGGAUUGGGAUGCAGAAUCUUCCAGUAGAAGCAGUUCUCAUGGUAAUGUAACUUCUGGAAUAUCUAAUCCAUCACCUUUGGAUAUAGGUCAGAUUGACCUGCCAGAACUGGAAAAUGAGGACACUUUGGAGUUACAGUUUCAACAAUUUAGUCUUCCUCAGUUCUGUGUUGCCAUUUUGGAACAUGCUGUGCCUCUUCUUAGAACAGGUAGUAGUAGAAUGACCAUACAAGUGUUGGAAUUGGUUGCUGAAGAUCUGCUACUUAUUGUUGAUGCUGUGUCUGAAGAUGUUUGGGAAGACAACAGUCUCUUUGGUCUAGAAAUUAAAGAAAAACUGCUUGGAAUCCUAGAUUCAUUAGGGGAAAUCAUGAGCUAUCACAAAAGUAAUACCAGCUUAGAAAAACCCGAGCUUGCCGUAGCGCACCACAGGAUGGCAUUUGUUAGUGUUUCGCUUUUCACAGUUCGACUCCUGCAAGCACUCCUCCCUGUAGAGAAGGCCACUGGUGUUUUACCUGAGACUUUGGUGACAGCUUUGUUUGUCCUUUCUGUGGACAUGCCAUUUUCCUUGGAAUAUCCAAGUAUACAUGAAUCAGUCACAGCUUAUUUGGAACACAUGAAUUCAGAAAACUACAGUAUUUAUAAACAAGCUGCAGAAGCUGCCUAUUCAAUUGAGUGUUCUUGUAAUUUUAUGCUGGAUAUCCACAAGGAGGGCGAAAAAAAUCUUCUUGAUUUACUUGAACUGGCAGAACAAGCCAUAAAAAGUCUUCCGUACCAUCAGUAUUUUGUUCUACUUAAGGAAUUCAUCAACAUUUGCUCAGAUAUCUGGAAGCUUGCUCAAGCUGGCCCACUGCUGCAAGCUGGGAGUCAGAAGGUUCUUCUCCAUCUGUUGUCGCAUCCUGUGCCAAAUAUUAGAACAGAAGCCUAUCGCUGCUGCCUUGAAAUUGUUAAGAAAUGUUUAGGCAUUCAUAAUGCUGUAAAGUCUGUUUCUUCAGUCAGCUAUGGUGUACAUUUUCUGCUUCAUCCCAAAGUUCUUUAUGAAAUCUGCACUUUUGGUCUUCAGGAUUCCCAACAUGAGGUAUGCUCAGCUGCCACAGCUAUACUGAUGUAUCUUCUUCAAGGCCGAUUGAUGAUGGCAGCAGAGACCUGGAACAAGUUUAUUGAAACCCUCUAUCCUGUUGUUCCAAUUCUUCAGGGUUAUGCAAACACAGAAGAACCUCUAGGUAACUGCAUUCUCACACUGAGUGAAACAACUACUGAAAAUGAAGGUAUUCUGCCAAGAACUACUAGGCUAAGAGCUUCUCUUCGUCUUCUCUUCUCAAAAAAACCAUUAGUUCGUUCUGUGGCACUCAAACAGUUAAUGAUUCACCUUGUGGAAGAAGAAGAGGCCCAUCUGAAGCGCCCACUGUUGCAUGGCAGCAUUCUUUCAAGUAUUUCUAACGUCUUUAUUGUGGAAAAGCCUAUUGAACUCAAGCUGGAUGAUACAAGAGAGUCUGUUUUUAAGGCUGAGACCAUUGAAAAAUUGUACAAUAUCUUUAUAUCGGACACCAUUGAUCUGAGUUUGAAGAAGUCAGCAGCUGAGCAAUUAGUCAUAAUCAUGCAAGAUUCCAAAAUGCAUGCAAUUAUCAAAAAUAUGGGUGCAAUAGACAGAAUUCUUGUUUACCUUACUGAGUGUGUUGCUCAAGAUGGCAAGAUCAUGGACUGUAUGAUGUUGCCAUGUCUUGCACUUUUGCGGAAACUUCUUUCUGCUGAUCCAGUCAAACGACUGUCAUUGGCUUACCGGCCUUCUGUCUUGCUUGUGUUAUUUAGAGUUGCGUUGAUAUUCCAAGAUCAUGGUGCUAUCACGAGUGAAACAGCAAUGUUACUUUGUCUACUACUUUUUGAUGAAGCAGCAAGGAAAGAGAUGUGGGCUGAUACUGUUUCCUGUGAUUCGUCCAGCAUUUCCCACUUCACCUUGCCUGUUGCUGUUGUAAGGAGGUAUCAUCUUCCUAUCAAAGUCUCUGCACAUCAUGCUGUCAGUCCUAAUUCAGUGGUGUUACCAUUUUCUUGUGAACUCUGGGCCUCAAAACAUGUGUCAGACAUGCUAAAAAUGGCUUGGAACUUGUCUUGGUUCCAUGGAGCAGAUAAUUUAUUUGCACUCACCAGUUAUGAGACAGCAGCUGAACAAUUUUCCAACACAUUAAAGCUCUCUUCAGAAGAUAUUAUUAUCCUGAAGCUAACAUGUGCAACCUUCGGUCUUCAGGAUUGUCUUAAUGCCAUCAUUCAAGCAGCAUCCCACAGGGAAGUUAGGGCUGCUGUCACAAGAAUGAAUUUUUAUAUUCUGAAUGAUAGGCUGGCAUUAAUGUGCAGCAGUAGUCCUUGUGGAGCCACUUUCAAGUCCUUGGCUUGGCAAACAGCAUUAAGCAGGUUUCUUCAGGUGCUUCCAGCUUCUUCAGAGGAUGAAAAACUUUUGGCUGAUGUCAUAUGUUUUUUAAACAAGUUUCUGAAGGAACAGAAGAAUAUUUCAGAGGUUGAACACAUAAAAUGGAUCCUGGACAUAGUCCUGAAGCAUAAUCCAAAAUCUCUACUAGAUCUUGUGGUACAGCCAGAAUCUCAGGCACAAGAUGAAGUUGAUGACCUAAAGACUGCUGUAAGACAACAACUGCAGAAAGAAUUGAUUGCUUUCUUUAAUACACUUCUGCUCAGGUUCAUGUCUCUUACUGACAGGAAAGACUUAGAACUUACUGGAUAUUUCCGAACAGAACUAGCCUUGAAACUUCUGCAGUAUUUGCCAGUAACAGAUGCCCCUCAUUUCUAUGGAUUACCUUCCUUGGAAAGAACACUAAGUGGUAUGGUUCAUGUCACUGCACUCCCAGGCUGGAGUUCAUACUCUGUCACAAUGGAUCCAUUCACAAUUUGCAAGAAAUACUUAGCUGGGCUUCUUGAGGUCAUCUCAUCUUUUUAUGUUGAAUGGGGAGGCCAUGCCAUGUCUUUCAUGGGGAAAGGAGUUACCAAGAGUGCUGUUCUUUGUUUGCUUCACUUGUCCCAUGAAAUGAGCGUUCAGGCUCUAGAUGGGGACUGGGUUUCUCUCUGGUACUUGCCAUAUGAUAACCGUGAAGAACAAGCUCAGUUUCGACAAGGCUUAGCAUGGCUUAUUCCAUUAUGGGUAGAUAGAGACCCUGAG